CCGCCCCCCCGCCCCGCCCGCAGCCCGCCAUGGAGGAGGACGAGGGGCCGGCGGGUGCGCGGCGCCCCCCCCGCCGCUCGCCCAGCCCCGGCCGCCUGGACGUGAGCUCCAGCCGCUUCGACCCGCUGCUGGCGCUGUACUCGGCCGACACGCCGCUGCCCUUCCCCGCCGCGCCCUGCUUCAACAACCUGGCCGAGUACGAGAGCUUCCAGCGCGGCCUGCUCCGCCCGCGGGGCCGCCGCGCCGCCCCGUCCCGCCGCGCCGCCCCGACCCGCCGCGGCCCGCCCGACCCCGAGCGCAUCCAGCGCCUCCGCAGCCUCAUGGUCAACGCGGGGCCCGAGCGCGGCGCGGCGCGGAGGCGGCGGGCACCGCGCAACGUGCUCACCAGGAUGCCCCUCCAUGAAGGCAGCCCAUUGGGGGAACUUCAUCGCUGUGUCCGAGAUGGUGUAAAAAUCAAUGUCCACAUCCGCACCUUCAAAGGGCUUCGUGGAGUCUGCACAGGGUUUUUGGUUGCAUUUGACAAGUUCUGGAAUAUGGCCCUGACAGACGUGGAUGAGACUUACAGGAAACCAAUAACAGGCAAAGCUUUCUAUGCAGAGCCUCAGCUCACACUAACCCGGCUGUUUGACAGACUAAAACUGCAGGAGUCCUCAGUGAAGAAGGGAGCUGACUCAAAGACUGUCUCAGAGGAGCUAACCCUGACAAAUGACUCUCAGACGCUUGGAUGGAAAGUUGGAUCAGGACGAGGGAGAUCAGAAGAUGAGCGCGAGAAGCAGAAAUGCUUGGGCAGAGCUGGAGAAAAGAAGAUGCCAGGUGAUGAUUUGCAUCUGGCUGCCAGAAGUGAAGCUGAUGUGGGUAGCGGGACUGCCCACACAGAGGGUGCCAGUGCUAGCGGUACCCGUGCAAGAAGCCAGUCACGAAGGAAAAAGCGUCCCAAAGUGGAUUACCAACAGGUGUUCACACGUCACAUAAAUCAGAUUUUUAUUCGAGGAGAGAAUGUCUUGCUUGUCCAUUUAGCACAUUGACUUGGCUGACCUUUGUCAGGGUGUUUAUCUGAUAGCAUGAAUUGCCGCUGCAGCUCUCAUUGCUAUUUAGCAUUCUCAUUAAGUAUGACGGUACUGUGACUGGUUUCCCAUGGCCACAACAGGGUAGGGGAAAUAAUUCUAACUGGAACAUCCUGAGCUUGAUGCCAAAGCUCUCCUUAGAUCUCUGUUGGGGGUCUCGGGACAAGGUCAGCAACUCAGUUGUUUCUGUGAGAUGAGGGAGAUAAGCACAGAUCCUACUGCUCUGUAGAAAGAAGCUAAAUGGAGAGAGGGUUGGAAGAACUCAGUUAUAGGAGCUAAUUGUGGCACACUUAAGAAGCUUAAGAUUUCUCCACCUGAAAUGAAUAACAAAUGCUAUUUGACAUGUUCUGAGUAAUCUCUAGAGGAGAGGGCUAAUGAAACCAACAGUUUUUCUGCUGUUGUUACAUGGAUGUCUUCUUUUCCAGACAUAAUUCUGACAGUCAUUUUGAGAUAGUCUGUAAGAAGGUGGGGUAACAUCUUACUGAGGGCUAUCAGCCACUUCUUCAUACUUAGCUCUGUAAUGCCAUGUGUGAUAGAAAACUUUUUAGUUGAAAACUACUCCUUUUCUGUGAAUGAUGGCAAAACUUGAUUUCAAUAUCAAAUCUUAGGCUUCUAUUUGCAAAGCUGUGCUGUAGCCCUGUGUCACCAGCAAGCAGCUAAUGUAGCUGAUCCAGGCACUUCCACAUUUGGAGUUUACCUGUGAAUGUUGUGGAUGCAGAUGGAAAAUUGUACUUUUAUAUUUCAACAUUCGCUACUUAGUGUAAUAGUGAAGUUUGCAAAGUUGUAGUUUUUUCUUCUCAGAUUUAAGUGUUUGUGCCGAGCACAAUUAUACGGUAUCUAAGCGCCUUUCGAGCUCCCUCUGUUGAAACUAGAGGUGCUGUCUCCAGCAAUUCUCAUGGAGCAGAAAUCUUUCUGUGUCUUCCCUAUCCAUAUGAAUGAUGCAUCGUCUAAUUCCAGUUGAACUGAGCUUUGGAGGUGUGCCUAAAAAGUGAUUUGAAGUGCAAAAGUCAAACUCAGCUCAUGAGUGGUUUUAUUUUAGCAAGGCUGUUAAGCUACUGUAGAUCAGGCCAGAUUUCUGCAGGUAUAAACAGCUUUUCAAGAGGUAAAUGCAGAAAUUUGAGGGUAGAUGAAUCUGUUACAUUAUCUGGUCUGUUCCUCUAGCUGUCAAAGCAUGCUAGAUUUCACACUGCUAGUCCGGUAUUCAUCUCAACUACCUUGUGCUUUGCAGCAGCUCCGUGUGUUCAAGAUGAAGUUGGGAAAUUGCCAGGAUAAUGGUUAGACCUUAUGAUGGGUAGAACAACUUUUUAUUUCUUUAUAGCAGGUCUUGUAUUGCAUAUAGAGGCCAUAAGUCCUCAGACUGGGUGACUGUACUUUCAGUGACAUAUAUUUCUGUUGCUGCAAAUGUGGCAUACUGCUGGCUUGUCGUUAGGGGUAUGUCUGGUGCUUGAGUGAAUUACAGAAAUCAUUCAGCAGGAGUUCCUGGACACACGAAGCAGCUGUAUGCCUCUGGGGGAGCCAGAAACUUUUAUGUCAACAUUCCAGAUGACAUGGGAUUUGGAUGGCUGAUCAGCUUAGCCACUGAGCUGCAAACCCAAGUUCAGCCUGGGACAGAAGUGCCUCAGAAUAAAAAGUACUGUUGAGGCAAAACAGCUUCAUUAAGAGUGGAGAAAAAAAAAAAAAGGGAAAGAAUACCGACAGUUUCUUAUUAUACAUUGCUUUAUUGCUAUAAUGUGUUCCUACUAUGAACUGAGACUAGUUACUGAAAAGAUUCUUCUCUCAGAGAUGCUUGUUUCUUCUCCUUUUGUGCUGUUCUUGUUUGCGUGCACGUAGUCUACAGUUCUUCCUCCUCACCCUUGUCAGUACUUCAUCUCCUCAAAACGUUCUAAAUGCUGGUUUGGGAAGAUUGUUCUUGUAUUCACCCCUUGUCAUCCUAGCUUUCUCGGUUGGCUUUCUGUGUGGUUGCCAGCUAACUAGAACUCUGACAAAUUAUUAGAAACACGUGAAGCCAGAAACAAGGGCCAUAUUUUUGCUCCUGACUUCUCGGCGGCUUUUAUUGCAAGUGAAUAUUUUUCUUUAUUCUGUUUUUGGUGUUAGAUAGUUUUUCCUCUCUGCUUUCUGGAUGUUUUGUUUUUAUUUCAGUUGGUUGGGUUAACUUACCUCUUCCUUCUCCAUUCAUGCCAAAGGCUGCUGGUUUUGACGUCUCUUCCUUCCUUUGUACUUGACCAAAGGGUGUCAGAUCUCCACUCAGGCCUAUGUAGUAUGACAUCUAAUUGAAUUCUUGCUUUUCUUUACCUCACAUUCUUACAUUCCCAGUUCUCUCUGUCUGUCUAGUUUAUACUGCCUUGUGCAUUAAAUAAGAUGCAAUACCAUGAAUGUUCUGGUAGCUGUGGUGCCCUCUUUCCUUGUCGUUUGACACUCCACCAAGUUCUCAGUUGCUAAUAGAAGUGUCAGUGUUCUCUUUCAUCGGAAGUUUUUCUAUGAAACCUUGCAGGUGUUCAUUGCUUUACAGCUGCAAGUUUCUUUUUUUUUUUCUUACGUUUUAUGAAAACUGCUGGUGCUUACACUUGCAUUUGUGCCUUGAUUUUUAUAUCAUCACUGACGCAUACUUCCAAAAUCAUCACCUCAGUCAACAAACCUGGGUAAGAACUAUAUGGUUUGUCUACUUUUUUUGCUCUACCUCAUUAUUAAACUGUUCCUUCUCUAUUCUCAUUGUUGUCUCCUCUGUGGAGUUCGUUAAAGUUCUCUCUUCCAAUUCAGAUUUAAUGGCUUAGUUGGUGGUUCUUCAUUUGUUUCCAGCUUCCCUUCCACCUCCCAUGGUUUCCAAGCUGCUUCCUAACUACAGCCUCUUUUACAACUUCAGAUCUUCCAAAAUGUCUUCCUUUUCCAUACUUUUUUCUAACACUGUAUCUUUUAAAGCCCAUUAUCAAACUGCUGUUUUAUUAAUUUUGUCUCUUUCAAGGUCAGCAUUUGUGGUUUUUCUCUUUCAAGCACCAUGAUUGUGACUAAGCAAGUGAUCCUGUGUGUUGUUACUUGCAUAUUUAGUACUUCAGAUGAAAUUGUUCUUGAAAUAAAAUUGAAUCUAAUGUUCUGAAAUGAAGUCUUCUACCUCACUUAAGUAUUCAUAUAAAUCUGUUCAAAAACAAAAAACAACCCUCAAAACCAAAUGAGCUGCUUUUUUAAUUGUUUCUAGUUGUUUCUUUCAAUGUUUUUCCUUUUCCAAACAGCAUGAAAUCCAGGUUCUUUGUUCAAAAAGCUGUCGCUCCUCUGCUGCAGCAGUGUCACAAACAUGGUGUGAGUGUAGACACCUGAAGUUACUAUGCUAAAGAAUGAAGGGUAGGAGCGGGAGGCAAUCAUAAGAAGCAGCUGCAUGAGAUUGAAAAAGCCUGAGCCAAAUAUAAAGAACUCUCUGAAGAGGACCUACAUACUGAUUGCAACCUGUGCAGUAUUUCUAGGACGUUAUUCAGCCUGGUGCUCAGCGGUGAUUCCUGAAGCGUGUUUAUGAGGAGGAACUGAAUUACUACAAGGCGAGUGUUCUGAACUACCUUUGAGGAAAUGUGAUAAUUUGAGAAUUUUUUAGAAUAAUUCCUAAAAUAGCAGGCAAAUCUGAAACUUGUGAAAUGUUAUGCCGGCUGCAGAAACAAUGUAAUGCAAUAGUUUUGGAAUGUGAUAUCACAGAUAUGUCUCAUGAUGCCAUCGCAUGUCUUUUCUUUAACAACGAAGUUCAGUAGGAAGCCAAGUCUUAUGGUUGCUUUAAGAGUGGUGGUUUUAUUUGUAGAGUGAUGACCUUUACAGAUAGUCUGAAUGAGGUUUUCAUGGAACCGCAGUAUAAAACCUUGCCAUGAUGUUGGGAUACAAGGAGACUAGCAGGAAGAAUCAGGCUGAGAGCUGCUGUGUUACCCUGCAGUUCUGGGUAUCAUGUCUGAGAGUGUUUCUUGGAAAAAAUUCUUUUACAUGGCUGCUUGAUUUCUAUUGAACACUUCUUAAACAGGGCUGUGGUGGUAGAGUAGGAAAGGCCAAAGGAAAAUAAGGAUCUUAUAAAAAGUGUGGGUUUAGUUCAUUCUCUCAGCUGGCUUGUCCAAUGUGUUAUUGCCCAGAAAUGUUUUUUCUGAUCUGCAGACAGGUAUUUAGCAUGUCCUCACCAGGUGAUUACUGAAGUAGUCACUGAGUAAUGUUUUCCAUCUGCUGCUUGUCCUUCAAUUUCUGGAUUUCUUAUUUCUGAUGCGGUUUUCCCAUCUGUAUCAUUUGGAAGCAGGGCAAGGUCUCUCAGCAGGAGUAGGCUUCACUGCACACUGGUUUUUUUACCCCCUCCCUAAGGAAUGUUUCCCCAUCUAGUUAUGCAUCCAGGUAGCUUUUGGCUAUUCUUGAUAUUCUCUGCAGACUUUUGGAAGUGUUUAUCUUGGAACAGUUGGAGUAAACUGAUUUUUUAAACUUUUUUUUCACUCGCUUUCCUCCCCACAGUGCUAGGGUUUCCUAAUCUGCUGUUGCAGUGACCCACUUACACCUAUGAAUCACCAUGGGUGAAGCAGUGUCCAGGAAAAAAAGAAGCAGAGAAAAAAAAUGUCCGAUUUUUGUUGAGUUUGACAUUCUGUCCAACACGCUGCCCACACUUACCAUUUCUGUUGCUUAUUGGCACUGACCUAAAUGAAACGGGUGGAAAAGAUGAUUUCAUCCGGCAUCUUGAAAGACAAUGAAAAGGCAUCAGGGACAGCAAAGUGGAAUGACUCUGAGUUUCUGAAGAUGUGUGUCUCCCAUUAAACUUCCUGCCUUUGAUUAAACAGAUCAGAAUUAUAACCACCAUCUCAAACUGCAAGCUCUGCAGCUGGGUAAAAUUGGAAGGCCCGGUACCACAUCCUUAGAGGCAAAGCAGCAGCGAUGAUGCAGUGAUUCCUUCAGCCAGGCAAACUCUUUCCUGAGAAGCUGUUACGUGUUAGUGCCUGCCUCAAAGCAAAAAUGCAAAAUAGUCUGAGUUAGUAUGGAGAUGUUUCCUCUUCUGCCUGCAUUGUGAAGUGUAAAUGCUGCAGCAUACAUAGCAGUGAGGUCUGAUGAGGUGGACAGGAAGACAGGGAUUGCCUGUUGCAACAGGAGCUCAAGGGGGGAAACGUAAAAUCUUAGUAAUAUCCUUCUAGCUGAUGAGAAUGAAGUCUAGCAAAGGAGGAUAGAGUCCAAGCUGAGCUUCAAUUUUUGAUUUACCAAAAAUAUUAAUAUCAUGGUAGGGUGUGCUUGGACCAAAACAUAAGAAUGCAUUCAGGUUUUCAUUUAAAAACUCUUAAAUUGGUCAGACUCUUUUUCCAGCAGUGCCUGUGUCUCAUCUUCAGGUAAGCGUUAUUACAACUUUUUCUCAAAAGUACUGCUGUUCAUGUAGCCAGGAAUGUUUUAUUUCGUACCUAAAAGGUGCUUUUAAGAGCUGCUGUCAUUAGAAGGAAACACCCGUUUUCAGGAGGUUACAUUUAUUUUCUGACUUAAAAACCUAAGAUGAAACCGGCAACAGUUGGAUGUAAGUAGAGCAGUUUAUAUCUGCUUGGAAAAAAAAAAUCUUUUAAAAAAUCAUGGCUUUUUCUGUUGGGUGUUGCCCACGUAUCAGCAGGAAAAAGGAUCAAUUGAAGCAUGAUAGGAAUGUGGAGAAAAUCCUUACUAUUUAAAAGCAUCUUUUGCUGACAUCUUUACCCAGUAGCAGCCUGGGCAGAAAAAAAAACGCAACCACUUGGAAAGAGAUAAGGAGGGUGGUCUGGGGGUUCCCCUCCAGGUGGGCGCUGCGGGAUCAAGUGCACUUGAUGAAGACUGUCUUGAUGCAAAAAGAAAAUGCAUGCAAUCUACUGUAAGUAUGACAUGUACCUCUCUGUGCAUUUUCCCAACUAUAGACUUCCGUGGCAUGCUGAAAGUGAGAAGGCAGGCAGAGAAAAAAAUGGUGACCCCUUGAAAUGGGAGAUUGCUUUCUAACCUGGCAUAAUAUAUCCAGCAUUGGGUAGCUGUGCUGAAUAGGGGAAGGGGGAAUAUGCAGAGACAGUUCUUGAGUGCAGCCUCUGUUAUGUUGUGAGCAUUUUCACAGCACGCAAACUGUGCCUCUGGAGUCUGCCAGACUCCAUGCUUAAUAACUGACACAUUUGAUCCUGCCUCUAAAAUUUUGCAGUGGAAACCCAGUGGGAGAAAAACAAGUAAGCAAAUUUCUGCUUUUGAGGCAGGGGUGGUAGGAGGCUUGGUUAUCCUUGUUAGCUUCCUGGGGUUGCCGGAGAAAGGACUGCUUUAGUGGAGGAAUAUCAGAGAUGGCUUGUCUCAUGAUAUUUACAAGUCCUUUUAGAUGUCACUGUAAGUGCUCUUGCUCUUAGCAGGUAGAAGUGAAGGCCUGUCAGGGAAGGAAAAUGCCUUCUGAUGUUCCUGGGUAACUAUUUUAUUAGCUGCUAGCUUCAUAGUGUACACUUGGAUGACUUAGCUGAAGAAAAUUAGUACACCUGAGACUUUCAGUCAGUCUUGUAUUCGUUUAGAAUGAAAAGUAGUUUGAUCAAUUUGUGUAAAAACAUAUCUAUCCUUUUUCCUCUCAAAAGAUCAGUGCUCUCCCUCAGGAAAGAAACGAAAGCUGCUCUUGCUGCUCUAGCGAUUGCUUCUGAUUUCCACUGCUUCAGAGCAAAGUGCAGCUGCGUCAUUGUAUCUUCAGUGUUACAGAUCAUUCCAAGAUGAGAAAAUGAGAAAAGUGUUCAGAUUCUUUAAAACGAAAAUGGGCAUUUUGAGGGGAGUAGUUGUGUUAACUUCCUUUCAGAUGGUGCAUGCAUCCUGCGUAGUAGCAUGGACUGGGACUAGUUAACCAAGGAGUGAGUCAUCCAUAAGACUUUCUUAAUGAACCACAGAGGAGCAGCAUGACCUACCCUGCUGAUGUGGGAUUGGAAGUCAGGUGCUGACAAAUUCUGAUCUCUACUGCCACUUGCUCACUGAAUGGCCUUGGCAAGUCACAUCCCUCCCUUUCCCAUGUGCUCCACAGCUGUAAUACAUCUGAGAGCAAUCCUUGCCUGCCUUGCAAGGAUUUGGGAAGUGGCGAGUGCUAUACAAGUGCCAAGUAUUGUUAUUAAAGCUAUAAUAUGUCAGGUACAUAGAUCAUCUGCCCUCUUUAGGCACUUGACUGUUAACCUUUUCUCUUGGUACACUGAAAAUGUGCAGAUAUUGGGUACAAUGACGCACUUCAGUCCUGAAAUUCCUUAUGUCUUCGAGAUCAGAUUUGGUGACUUCAGUAUCUGUUUCCCAGCUGCAAUACCGUGUUUUGGUCAAAUGCUGAUAAAUGAGAGUGUAACUCCUUUGUAGUUCCUUCUUUGUCUUCCUAAAUAUUUUGUUUCUUAAGCUGAUGCUGCUAUGAACAUGUUAAACAAUACUGAAUUUGCAAUAUUCUGCUUUCCAGAUAUAAAUGUUUAUAUUUAAAAGUGCUAAGACUGCAAUGCAAUAAAUAUAUCCAUGUAACAGUUUGCU